AUGUCCGAGUAUACGGGCCUUGCGCCCAUCCCUCUACAUCCGCACCCCCGCCACUCCAGGCGUCGGCAGACGUUCCACCUCGGGUUCUUGGUUAGGCGGUGCCAGCCUCCUGAGGAGAAGUACGAAAUCGUCCUCGUCGUCCUCGUCCUCUCCGGCGGGACCUCCAACUUCACCACCGCCCAGAUCGUCCCGGGGCGCGGCAGACCUAAACCACCGUCCAGGGCAGAGCGGCCGUCGUCGACGAGAAGCAGCGUUGCCGGAUCGGUACGGACCGCCCGGGUAGCCUCGGAGACCAACAUUGCGCUUGCCGGGGCCGGCCUCCUACCGUUUGAACCUUUUAUGUUUGGGAGCAGGAAAUCCGUGAAAUCGGCAGCGGCAAGAAGGCAGACGACACCGGACAGCACACCGGCGGCGGUGGCAAAGAAUGCAGGCAUGUAUCCCGACGUAGACGGCGGCAAGCAGUCGUCCAGGCAGAUGACGGCCGGCUCGUCAUUCUCGCGGACGGAAUCUGUGUCGUCGACGAGCGUGAGGACGGCACUGUCGACCCGGACGGUGACGUCCACCGACCCGUCGGCGGCCGGGGGGGAAGGGGCGGGCGGCAGCGGCGGCGGCGGCGGCGAUAGGCCCAAGCCGUACGUGCAGCGGAACGGCCGGACCUACAUCAACGACGCGUCCGUGCCGUACCCGCUGCCGGUGGACCUGGCCGAGCUGCACCGGCAGAUACUCCGGACGCUGCUCCUGAUGCAGGUGCACGGCGCGCCGCUGGCCAGCCCGGCGGUGGCGGCCAAGCCGCCGCUGCGUGUGCUCGAGGUCGGGUGCGGGACCGGGUUCUGGAGCAUGAUGUGCCACCGGUACUUCAAAGGUCGGGGGCACAGCGGCAUGUCCUUCACCGGGCUCGAUAUCGUGCCGCUGAGCGAGUCCGGGUGCCACAGCAGCGUCGAGACCGGCAACGCCAACAACCGGCCGGACGCCGACAUGGACUGGACCUACGUGCAGCACGACGUGCGCAACCUCCCCUGGCCGUUCGCCGACGGCGAGUUCGACCUGGUCUUCUGGAAGGACAUGUCGCUCGUCGUGUCACCCAUCAUGCAGGGGGCCUACAUCGAGGAGACGGUCCGACUGCUCGAGUCGGGCGGCACCCUGGAGAUCUGGGAGACGGACCACACCAUCCGCAUGCUGCGCCCGCACGUGCCCAGCCCGUCGGCCAUCGGCAGCCAGGCCAGCGAGCACGAGAAGGCCGCCAGCCUGGGCGCCUACAUGAUCAACAUCAACACCCCGCUAUCCGCCCCGCUCAACACCUACCUGGUCGAGUACAACGCGUGGAUCUCGCGCGCCCUCAAGGCCCGCGACCUCAUCGCCAACCCGUGCACCAUGAUGAACCACCACCUCCUGCAAGAGUCCGAGAGCGUCGGCGGCUUCGGCUCCCACCGCGUGGCCGUGCCUCUCAGCGAGGUCCGCUGGGAGCGUGAGGGCGUCGGCGGCGUCGUCACGAAGGACGGCAAGUCCUACGUCAAGGCCUCCGCCUCUGGACUUCCCGCCAGGUCCGCCACGCCCACCCCCGCCCACGUCGACAGCAAGGCCCUGACCGCCGGCCAGGCUGCCCUCCGGAGGACCGCCCUCAUCACCCUCGUCGACCAGAUCGUGGCCCUCGAACCUAUCCUGCGCGAUGCCAGUGGCAAGAGCCAGGACGAGUGGGACAUGUGGCUAGGCAAGAUGAUGACCGACAUCGUCAAUGAGGGUGGCACGAAUUGGGGCGAGUGUCUAGAGUCGGGAGCUUGGUGGGCAAAAAAGAAGUAA